AUGGAGCUAGUGGCUGAUUUGUCGUCAAACGCCCUUUUGGGUGUAUUUAAAAAGUUCAUGGCCCGAAGGAGCAAGGUAGUUUGUUUACAUUCUGACAAUGCUACGAAUUUUGUCGGAGCAGCACGAGAAAUUAGCAAUCUUCAUAGGGUAUUUUGCGAAGAACAAACGCAGCGCGGAUUAAACAAUUUGUUCACAAAAAUGCAAAUUCAAUGGCAAAUGAUACCACCUAACGCUCCGCAUUUUGGCGGAUUGUGGGAAGCAGCCAUUAAGUCUGCAAAAUAUCAUAUGAAGAGGAUAAUUGGUAAUACAUCACUCAAUUACGAUGAAAUGUCUACUGUCAUCGCCGAAAUUGAAGCUAUAAUCUUAAAUUCACGUCCUAUAAGCCCAAUGUCUGAUGAUUCUAACGAUAUACAAGCCUUAACGCCUGGACAUUUCCUUAUUGGAUAA